AUGAAGGAACAUUUCGAGAGCAUUAGCAAGUAUCGCAUUCGGCGGUCGGCUGCGGGGUUCCAUUUCCGAGACGAUCCGGAUGAUAUGUGGCAUUGUUUGCGAAUAAUUGUGAAGGCGGCAGACUUGUCGCACGCGUGUGUAGAAUGGCAUCAACACUACCUUUGGAGUUGUUUGAUUCAAGAAGAAUUCUACCAGCAAGGGGAGGAAGAGAAGAGUUUGGGUCAGCCGAUAAGUCCAUUAUGUGAUCGGGAGAGUCAUAUGUCAUUUGCUAAGAGUCAGAAAGGUUUUUUGGAGUUUGUUGUUGCGCCACUAUUUACGGAGUUGAAGGAAACAGAGCCAUCAUCACAGGUCGCACAUUGUCUUGAGAAUCUAUGGACUAAUAAGGAACAUUGGACGCAGUUGGAACAGUCCGGGGAAUAUGUUCGUUUCCCAAGUUUCGCCGACAAAUAUCGUGAAAAAAGAAGGGCCGAAUUAAGGGCAGGUGGCGGCCUCAAAGCCAUGUGGCUGUACGUCAAUAGACUGGCCGCCGAACGCAAUCAACAACCUUCACCUCGCUUCCAACAACACGGAUCCAAUAGUCGAACCAGUAAUCCUACUUCUACCUCUCUCAGCAACAGCGGAGAGGCCACCCAAAUCCUCUACAAAGGCGGCCAGUUCGGCGAGCUAGCUGUCGACGAACAAAACGCCGCCCCAAACGCCGGCUCUGCCUUCGGAUCGGCCGUCGGCACUGCCGCCGUGGGGGGACCCUCGUCCACCAACUUCAACCUCGGAGCGGUCGGCUUGGUCAACGGCCCUGUUCUCGCCGGCCCUACCCUGAGCGGACUCUCAGUCAGCGGUAUUUCCCUUUCCCUAAGUGGUCCCGCCAGCGGUGGUCCCGCUAGCGGUUGUCACAGCAACGGUGGAGGCAGUGGUCCCCCCACUAGCGGUGGAAGUGGUCCACCCAUCACUGGCGGAAGUGGUCCACCCGUCAGUAGUCUUCCCAUCAGUGCAUCCGUCUUUGUUAGCGCUGCUGGACCGAGCGCGAGAUGCGGAGAAGACAUGUCAUCUAGCGAAGUGACGGAUAGCAAAAUGCGGCGGGCCGUUCGGUGGGACCUUGAAGAAGAAGAGGAAGGAUAA